UGGCUAAGUGAGAUGCAAGUACCUUCUUCGAAGAUGUCUAUAAAGGUUCACUGGGAGAAUGUGCUACAUGUUGUCUUGACGAUCCUUGUCAUUGGCAGCCUCAUUAUCAUCUUCUCUAAGUUCUAUGACAACAACAAUGGUUCUACGCCAGCGAUUCGUACACCUGAAAUCCCAAAGCGAGUACUUGUCACUGGUGCUGCUGGAUUCAUAGGCUUCCACAUGGCCCGUGGAUUGAAAAAAGAAAACCCCAAUCAUUUUGUUUAUGGCAUUGAUAACUAUAAUGACUACUAUGAUGUAAAACUUAAAAUGGAUCGGGCCUAUGAGCUCUCCAAGAUGGGUGUUGAGGUUGCAUUUGAUUCAAUAUGUAACGAAGACUUCCUUGAAGAGCUUUUUGAGAAAAUGAACUUCACACACGUGAUUCAUUUGGCUGCCCAGGCAGGGGUACGUUACUCAUUGGAUCACCCUACAACAUACGUCCACUGGAAUGUACAGUGUCAAACUGCACUGUUUGAAGUUCUGAAGGAUUACACUCAUAUAAAGUUAUCAUACGCCUCCUCAUCAAGUGUCUAUGGCAAGAAAAGUACCAUUCCAUUCACUCUUGAUGCUAGGACUGAUCUGCCAGGGAAUAUGUAUGCAGCAUCUAAGAAAACAGAUGAACUCUUAGGCUACCAUUACUGCUCAAAGUGGAAUCUACGAGGGGUGGGCUUCAGAUUCUUCACAGUGUAUGGGAUGUGGGGACGCCCUGACAUGGCCAUGAUGGUCUUUGCUAAGUCUAUUCUGGACAGGGAAGAUCUGCCUCUCUUCCACUUAAGCGAUGACCGGCCACUAUCCCGAGACUUCACAUACGUUGAUGACAUCAUAGACGGGUUGCUUGCGUCACUUGACUACACUCCAGCAAGGUGUGGAGAGGUGUUUAAUUUGGGAAAUGGGAACCCAGUCAGCGUCCCUGAGCUUAUUAAGUACUUAGAGGAAGAACUACUCAUACCUGCUAAAGUGAAAAAACUUCCAAUGCCUCCUACGGAAAUAUUGAGGACGUGGUCUGAUAUUAGUGAGUCACGAAGACUGUUAGGUCUUGAUCCAAAGACAGGCCUCAAAGAAGGUAUAACCAAAUUUGUUGGCUGGUAUAAGGCGUAUAGACUUCAGAGAGAGCGCGAGGAAAAGACGGGAGAAGUCACACAGUCGGAGAUCUAUUUUGAAAAGUUGAAACAAGAAAAGGAGGAGAGAGAGAGAAGAUACAAUAAGGACAAAUACUUUAGAGAGAAUGCAAGAUUCGCUCACAGACAAUAUCUAGAGAAACAACUAAUUGUAGACAUGGCUAAGUCUAAAGGAGCAAAGGUCCCUACAAAGGAAGACAGGUCCUACAUCUAUCUACAAGGAGUGGACUCUCCAGAUGGGGAUUUUAUUUACUUGCCAAAAUUAAGAGGAAAUCUUAAAGGUUUGAAGACACACUGUGAUAGAAGUGACACAUGUUUAGCUUUCAAUAGCAGAGGUUAUCUGAAGAACAAGCUGUCACCAAAAACUAGCUGGAUGAAAGGCAUGUAUGAGACACCAGAUGAUGGACUCUUUAUUGCUGAUAUUGAUAUCUGCACCAAGAAUCUACACGAAUGCUCAAAACAUGCUACAUGUUCUCAACAGCGGCCAGGAGAGUACACAUGUAAAUGUAACGACAAAUACGUUGGGGAUGGGAAAACAUGUCUGCCCAGACAUGACGAGAUGACCAUGGCUGACAUCCAUGUUGACAAUAUGGCUGAAUUCUUUGGUCCAAUCAACUUUGGAAGAUUUAAACAAAAUGCAGAGUUUGUUUUCUUUGAGGGUGUCCAGAGUCCUGGUGGGGACUUCAUGGUUGCACCAGACCUGAGUGGCUCUAAUGAGAGUCUCAAGAAAGCAUGCUUGGAGAUGGAAAUUUGCUUAGCGUUUACUACAGAAGGAGUGUUCAAGAAGAGCGUCUCUCCCCCACAAAACUGGAAACAGGCCCCUCAAGGACACUCUCCAGGGACAGGCCUAUUUAUACUGGAUCUGGAUUACUGCACGCUGAACAACUUCAAUUGUCCCAACAACUCAUCUUGCCAACAGGUGGAGCCAGCAGUCUACAACUGCACGUGCAACAAAAACUUGGCGCUCGUCAAUGGUCAAUGUAUAAAAAUGACAGCAUCGAAGCUAAAUGAAAAAAUUGACCAAGGCAUUGAUAAUGUUGAGGCUUAUGAUAGGUUAAACAAGGCUCCAACAGACGAAGAAAUCAAAAUGAACCAGUAUGUUAACUUAGAACUGGGAGAUAAGAUGAACAAGGGAGUUGAUAAUAUUAAAGAUGUUGAAAUUGUUGAUGGUAAGAAGGAAUAUUUAGAUGAUGAUGAAAAGGAUGGAAAUGAUGAUAAAAACCCAGUUGAUAACACUGACAACAAUAUCAAUCAUGAUGAGGUUAAUGAUAUAAAAGAUAUGGAUGUUGAUGGUAACAAUGUAGAGAAAGACACUAACGAUAACAAAAAAACUAAGGACAAUAAUAUAGGUGAUGACAAUAAUCAUGCUGGGGAUAAUGACCAAGUUGAAAGCGUCAACAAAGUUGUUGAUUAUGAUAACCAAAAUGCUGCCUUGCAAUUCAAUAAAGAGGUAAAAGAUGAAGAUCAUGUAUUAACUCAUAAUAGUCAGAACAUGAAGCAUGCAGAAAAUAAUGUUAACUCUAUUAAGGGAGUGAAUGAAAUGAAUCCUGAAGUGAAAAGACAACCAGCCAUUGUGGCUCAAGAGGAGCAUGACAAUAGCAAAAUGGAGCAUAAGGAUUUAUCAGUGAAUCUGAAUCCAUUAUUAUCUGAUAGUCAUGUUCAAAACAACCAUAUUUCAAACAAACUUAUUCCAAACAAAGUCAUUCCAAACAACCUCAUACAAAAAAAUGCCAUUCCAGAAAUUAAUAAUCCACGUAUAUCUGAUGAAAAUAUUCAUCAUGUUGAAGGAGGUCUCAACAAAGUACAGAACAAUAUUGAGCUGAGCAAAGGUCAAAACAAUAAUUUGAACAAAGUGCCAGACAAUACAGAUCUGAAUAAUGUACAGAAAAAUAGAGAUCGGAAUAAUGUACAGAACAAUAGAGAUCUGAAUAAGGUGCCAGUAAAUAUAGAGUUGAAUAAAGUGCAGG